UUUACACCAAGAAGCAAAAAGAUGAGUGAUGACAUAUAUGAGGUCCCUGAGGGGACAGAAUAUCGUUCCUUGGUCCAAGAAAGAGAGCAGGAAGAGAUCCAGUACGUCCGCCGCCACUACGUCAGUCCAUUCCUGGUGGUGUCACGCAGGUGUAUGUUCCUCAUUGGCUACGGCAUCCUGUCCCUCCUCGCUCUCACCGAAUACCUGGCCGAGACCCCUCGUCUGGGAUGUACAGAGUUGGAGACAGAGUGUGGUUGGCUGCGUGGUCGCUGGAAAGAUGGGGCAUAUUCUUUUAAGGGCAUCCCGUAUGCCGUACCACCUGUGGGUGAACGACGCUGGCGUCUCCCGGAGGACCUGUUGAAGGCGGGAAAGUGUUGGGAUGCCGUCUACGAUGCCACCCGUUUCCGCGUAUGGCAAGUACAGCCCCUGCGUAAGAAUGGAAAAGUUUUGGGGCAGGAAGACUGCCUGCACCUCAGCGUGUUUACGCCGAGCCUUCGGCCCACCAAACCCUUGCCGGUCAUGGUAUGGAUCCACGGAGGGUACCUCCACAUGCUGAGCGGCCAGGAAAGAGGUUACUCACCCACCGAAGAGCUGGCGGCACGGACGCAGAUGGUGUACGUCAGUAUGAAUUACAGGCUCAAUGCGUUCGGCUUCAUGGCACUGGAGGUGCUCAGGAAGGGGUCUGCCACCAACUCUUCAGGAAAUUAUGGCUUCAUGGAUCAGAUCCAAGCACUUCAGUGGGUCCAGAAGAAUAUCCAUAAAUUUGGUGGGGAUAAAGAAAGGGUUACCAUAUUUGGACAAAGCUCAGGUGGGACAUCAGUUUGGACCUUGAUGAUGUCACCGCUAGCCAAAGGUCUCUUCCAUCGUGCGAUCGACAUGAGCGGCUCGUACGUUUAUAACGCCUCCCUGGACGGCAACUUAGAAUUCCUGAAGAGCACCGGCUGCAAAGAUGCCGUCUGCCUGCGAGGCUUGAACAUCACUCAAGUCCUUCAGGUCAGCUACUCGGCCCAGCGGUGUGACCUGUGGGAGAAGAACGGCUUCUACUCAUACGCCUGGAUGAACUGA